AUGCCGGGAUCCUCCGCCGUGUGGCCGCACACGCGCACAGCCUUCCUCCACAACCCGGCCGACCAGGCCCAUCGCGGCGGCCAGCCCGGGAUGCUCCCCGCCGCGGCAUGGAGGCGUGGCGGCACGGCGGCCCCGAGGGAGAUCCUAGUGGCGGCACAGACGAUAUGGAGGAGGCGGUGUACGAGGUGGUGCUGCGGCAGGCCGCGCUGGUGGACGACCUGCGGGGGCGUCGGGCGGCGCGAGAGGUCGAGGCGGGGAGGAGCUCGACCACGACUUGGACCGGUGCAGGAGAUCGACCACGACGAUGGACCGGCACAAGAGCUCUACUCCAACACUGCUUCCCCAUCUCUGGUCUUUCCUUCAAACUCCUGUCCCGGCGGCUGGAUGAUAUACCUUGCGUAUGCUGAUGCUGAUGAUACCUCACUGCCUGCAAUGUUCGGAGGAUUCAACCACCCUGUUGAAGAUUCCCAAGAAAUUCUUACCUGCUGCAGGGUGAAAUUUUUUGAACAAAAGUUAUUUAAGUACUCCUGGUGUGCUGUUGGAAUAAACUGA